CCUUGCCAUGGUCUUGAAGCGGCAUGGUGGCGGCGCUAAGCGCAAUGGCAGAGAUUAGACAUCCACCACCCCACACGUUGCGCACGCCGGCCGAAUUGGCCAUGGGCGCUCGGCGGCGCUAUUUACAACCGGUCGUCGCAGACACCAGGGGCUCGAAUGAAUUGUUCGGUACCCGCGUACGCGAGCGCUAUUAAUAUGGCACGAAGGCAUUGUGCAGCACUCCGAGUGUCCAUUCCGUCAUCCUGAUUAACUCCUCUGGUACCACAAACACGGCAAUAUGGGACGGAGUACACGAUCGCGAAAGCAGCGCCGUUCGUUGCUCCCAUACAAGACCGAAAGCUGUUCCGAGUCGGGACCGGGAAUCGCGUCGACACGCAGUGAUCUGGUGGCAACACCAGCGGCAGAGUGCAGCCGUGUUGAACGCAAGGAUAGCCGGCAGGAUCUUGGCCAGGAUCUUGGCCAGGACGAAUCGAAUCUGGCGGCCAUCAACGGUAUAAUGGACGAGCUCCGCCAGGGCGAAUAUCGCCAUUUCUUCAGUUUCCUGGCCAACGUUUGCGCUGUCGCCCGGAACAUGAUCGAUCAGGGACCACCGGGACUGUAUCAAAAAGCCCAGGAAUUUACGAAGGAGGCCCCGGAAUUGCUGCGCUAUAUCAUGGAGGGGCCGAAUACAACUAUUAUACCUCUUGCAGCUCCCAUUCUGCGCAAAAAGGACGACUGGUCCGGGGGUGCCGGUGAACAGCGUGCCAGGGACGGCGGUUCAUCUCCCUCGGAAACAAGCACGAUCCAGCCGCCGAGCCCUUUCUUACGACGAUCAGCGUCCCCCGAUGUUGCGCCCAUCCCACAGCAUGCGGCUGACUCGCAGCAUGCGGACUCUUCCCCCGCUACGACGGCCGCGACAGAACCCACAACCGGUCCGGGGACGCCGACCGUUGUCUCCCAUCAACAUCCGCACAACGUCGCAUCGGAUCUGCAACGGGAUCCCCAUAACUCCCCUGCCGGUCGCCCGCACAAUGAUGGACCGGAAAACCAGCAGCGGCCGUCUGACAUCCCGCCUGACGUCCAGGACCCGACGGCGCUCGUCGCGUCGGAGAUCAGCCAUGCGCAGCACCCGUCCCCGGGUGAAUCGUCCGCGUCCAUGCUGUCCGCUGGCCAUGGGCCAUCGACGGAGCCUUGCUCGCAGCCAUCGCAAGGCUACGCGGUGCUGCCCCAGGCCACCACGACGACAACGACGACGCCGCCGCCCAUGAGCCAUGCGACGCAACCGGAAAGCUCUGUUCUGAAUGGCCCCGUCUAUGGAGCCCCGUCAACUGUGGUCUACAACCCGCUUGCUCAGAUGUAUGCGGGGUCCCUGUGGGGGGGUCCUGCAUUUCCGUCUCCUUCGGGCCAGAUGCUGCAGUCCGGUCAGUAUCCCUCUCUGGGUCACUCGACCGGUUUGAUGAAUCCGCUAGUUCCACCACAUUAUAUGCCGCCGGCUCACUCAGGACUGUGGAAUCAGGGACUGUCUGCGCAGACCGCACAGUAUCCGACUCAAGUCGGUUACCUACCGAACCAAGCCGUACCCGACGGCUCAAUGGGAUCAAUGGCCAUGGCAUCCGCAGGCGGAUACGCGGCCCCCUCCGAGCCCUGGUAAAGGUGACUGUUUGCUGGAGUGUAGAUCGGUUCGGCAUGUCUAGUACUAUCUAACCUAAUACACAA